GUUAGUCAGAGAGAGGUUAGCGCUCACUACGUGUAGCAGCUGCUAGGCGCCUUGCGCGUGCGCGCAUUUUUACCGACAAAAAUGUCGAUUAAACGAUUCUAUUAAUUUACUGUGUGGUUUUUAUAUUGAACUGAUAGUAUCAGCAACUGUUUUUUAAUACAAUAGUUAAUUUUUAUAAUCAAAAUGGUUAGUGGAAAUAAAGACCCCAGCGAUCCAAUCAAAAUACCGCCAAAGAAUCGCGAAAAGAAAAGUAACAAUUACUUACGGGCAAACUUUCUGUCGCGAACAUGGUUCUUCUGGAUGAUGCCGACUUUCUGGAGAGGAUUCAAACGGGAUCUCUACGACGCCGAUCUCACCAAGCCUAAAGACAGCCAUCUCUCUGAUAAACUCGGUGAUCGCCUUGAAAAGAAAUGGCUCGAAGAGAUAUCACUAGCUCACAAGCAGGGUCGCAAGCCGUCCCUGCUUCGCGCCAUGACAAAGGCAUUCUGGUUGAGCUACGCACCUUCUGGCUUCAUGUUCCUGCUCCAAGCUCUUCUGCUUAAGCCCUUCCAACCAGUAGCAUUAAGCAUGAUGUUGGCGUACUGGGAGCCCGGAUCCGAUAUGACGUACGAGCAAGCGGUGUACUGCGCUUCGGCCGUUAUUCUGAUGUCACUCUGCAUAGCCUUCCUUAACCACCACGGCUCUUACUCCACCCAGCAGUUCGGGAUGAAAGUACGCAUAGCUGCGUGUUCUCUUAUCUAUAGAAAGGUCAUGCGCAUGAGUUCAGGUGCUCUAGCGCAGACCACCGCCGGUCAAGUGGUGAAUCUGCUGUCCAAUGACGUGAACCGAUUCGACUACGCCUUCAUCUACACCCACUUCAUCUGGCUGCUCCCGCUGCAAGUUAUUCUGGUCUGCUAUUUGAUCUACAUCAAAAUCGGUGUAGCAGCUGUCGUCGGGGUCAUCGGCAUUGUACUUCAGACAAUACCUGUUCAAUCCUAUAUGAGUAAAUUGGCAGCAAGGUUGCGAAUGAAAACUGCGUGCAAGACCGACGAGCGAGUUCGCAUUAUGGAUGAAAUUAUAAGUGGCAUGCAGGUUAUAAAAAUGUACGCUUGGGAGAAGCCAUUCGAGCAAGUGGUAGCCACUGCUCGUAAAAAUGAGAUAAACUGCAUCACCUCGGCGUCGUACCUGCGAGGGGUGUACCUCAGCUUUAUGGUGUUCACGGAACGACUGACGCUGUACAUCACGCUGCUCUCGUACUCCUUAUUCGGUUUCCAAGUCACUGCUGAUAUUGUAUUUCCCCUGGCUCAAUUCUACAAUACGCUACAAGGAACUCUAUCAAUUAUCAUGUCAAAUGCUGUUUCGUUUUUGGCAGAGGCUCUAAUUUCUGUCCAACGCCUCGAGGCAUUCAUGCUAUUGGAUGAAAGAGAGGAUCUGCGCAGCGUUCCCGAUGUGGAUAUCGCAAAACUUGUCCAAUCAGUAGAAAACCAGAAAAUGAAGAAUUUGAGUGAAGUUGACCUGCGGCCAAAUACUUUCAAGAAAAUCGACGAAGAAGGAAUAUACAACCCAGGUUUCGAAUGCGAGAAGAAUCUUCUCAAUCAGUACGGCUCUUUACCAGUAAGUUCCGAUGUGGGUAUCCUCAUCCAGGACGUGUCGGCGAGCUGGACGGACAACGGCCCGGUGACGCUGAAGAACUUGAAUAUUACCGUGCCUAAGGGGAAAUUAUGCGCUAUCAUUGGUUCUGUCGGCUCUGGAAAGAGCUCCGUACUGCAGCUCCUCCUCAAUGAACUACGUUCAACUAGUGGUCGCAUUCACCUCUGCGGUCCCUUGUCGUAUGCUUGCCAAGAACCUUGGUUGUUUGUGGCUACCGUUCGGCAAAACAUUCUCUUCGGUUUACCUUACAACUCCAAAAAGUAUAAAGAGGUUGUGAGGGUGUGUGCACUGCAAAAAGACUUUCAACAAUUCCCCCAUGGAGACCAGACCUUGGUCGGAGAAAGAGGAGCCUCACUUUCUGGCGGUCAAAGAGCUCGUAUCAAUCUGGCGCGAGCUGUUUACAGACAAGCUGACAUAUACCUGCUAGACGACCCGCUGUCAGCGGUAGAUGCUCACGUCGGCCGGCAGCUCUUUGACGAAUGCAUCAGCGGCUACCUGCGACACACCACCCGCAUCCUCGUCACUCACCAACUUCACUACCUGAAGGCGGCUGACUACAUUAUCAUCAUGAAUAAUGGCAGCAUUGAAGCCAAGGGCACUUACGAUGAAUUAGCGACAACAGGCAAAGAUUUCGCGAAACUGCUAUCAGCAACACACGAUGAAAAUGAAGACAAAAAGAAGGAAAUUCCCGCACCUUUAUCAAGGCGUACAUCUGCCAGGUUGUCCACAACAAGACGGCCAUCUUUGACGGAAUCGGCUUCUGGCUGCGAGAUUCCAGCUCAGGAGAUGGAGGAAGAGGAGCGGGAGUCCGGGUCUAUGGGCUGGCACGUGUACGGCGCCUACCUGCGGGCUGGGGGACGCUCGGGCAGACUCGCCUUCAUGGUCAUCUUGCUCGUCGUCGGGCAGCUGUCUGCUACCUUCUGCGACUACUGGGUCACUUUCUGGACAAAUGAAGUGACCAGAUUAAAAGAGAGAGAGAACAACAGCACAUCCAAAGACAAAGACUACGACCGUCUCCCGAGGCCUCAGAACAGCACAUUUAACCUGUCCAGCUAUUUCUCGGGAAUCGAUCUCCGCCCCGAUCUUGACAUUCACGCCUACAUCGGGCCGCUGGACACAGCGCAGUAUCUAUACGUAUACACAGCUCUCAUUAUCUGUUGCAUCUUCUUCAUCACGGCUAGAGCUUUCAUGUUCUUCAAGGUCUGCAUGACGGCCUCCCGUAACCUCCACAACGAUAUGUUCCACGCCAUGCUGCGAGGCGUGAUGAGAUUCUUCGAUAAUAACUCAUCAGGGAGGAUUCUCAACAGAUUCUCAAAAGACAUCGGAGCUUUAGACGAGCUGCUUCCUCGGUUCCUGCUGGAAUGUAUUCAGAUUUACCUCGUGAUGUUCAGCAUUUUAGCGCUUAACGCCGCCGCGCUGGUGUGGACGCUGCUUCCUACCACCAUCAUCCUUCUUUUGUUCUACACUAUACUACAGAUAUACCUCAAAUCUGCGCAGUCUAUUAAACGAUUGGAAGGCACAACACGAAGUCCUGUAUUCUCGCAUAUGUCCGCCACUCUGAACGGCAUUAGUACGAUUCGCUCGGCUGGUGCCCAGAGCAGACUUAUUCAGGAAUUCGACAGAUUCCAGGACAUCCACACCUCAACAUGGAGCAGCUAUUUAGCAAGCGGUGUCACCUUGGGUUUUUGGCUAGACUUCAUCUGCGUGUUGUACUUGGCCAUCGUCAUCAUUGCCUUCCUCGUCAUAGAUAGCAAGACAAUAUUCUCCGGCAACGUGGGCCUGGCGAUAUCUCAGACGCUGAUCCUCACUGGAAUGCUGCAGUUCGGAGUGCGACAGACUGCCGAGGUGAUCUCGCAGAUGACCAGCGUCGAGAGGAUCCUGCAGUACACGCAUAUUGAGCGGGAGCCCAAGUGGGAAAAAGGAGCACGAGAGAGCCCACAAGGCUGGCCGUCUCAAGGUCGCAUACAGUUCCGCAAUUGCUAUAUGAAAUACACCCCCGAAGACUUACCAGUGCUGAAAAACCUCAAUUUAGUGAUUGAAAGUGGAUGGAAGGUUGGAAUAGUUGGGCGAACUGGAGCUGGAAAGUCGUCCCUCAUCUCAUCCCUGUUCCGACUCGCCAUCGUGGAAGGAGAGGUCCUCAUCGACGACGUGGACACCGGCUACUUGUCCCUGCAAGAACUCCGCUCGAAGAUUUCUAUAAUUCCUCAAGAGCCAGUGCUGUUCUCCGCAACUGUGCGCUACAACUUGGAUCCCUUUAACAAUUACGACGACCAGCAGCUUUGGAAUGCUCUUGAAGCAGUUGAUUUAAAAGCUGCAGUUCCAGCGUUGGACUUUAAAGUAUCGGAAGGCGGCUCUAACUUCUCAUUGGGACAGCGGCAACUGGUAUGCCUGGCGCGGGCCAUCUUGCGAGGAAAUCGGAUCCUUGUACUGGACGAAGCCACCGCAAAUGUGGAUCCAAAAACUGAUGAAUUCAUCCAAAGAACUAUAAGAAAGAGGUUUGCAGAAUGCACGGUGUUGACCGUGGCUCAUCGACUGAACACUAUCAUGGAUUCCGACCGCGUCAUGGUGAUGGACUCCGGCCGUCUGGUAGAGUUCGAUCACCCCUACAAACUCCUUACCAACCCCGAAGGCUACUUCGCCAAGAUGGUGAAAGAAACCAGUGAUAAAAUGUCUGCGCAGCUGCAUGACAUCGCCAAGAAUACGUACCUUAGCAAUGGCGGCGUCCUAGAAUAAAUUAAGCUAUACCUAUUCUUUAUAAGUCUUGUAUGUUGUUGUUAUUAAGAGGUCGAAUAUAAUUUAUUUAUUUUAGGAGAAUUCAUUCCAUUUAAUUGUGUCUGUAAUGUUAAUUUUAUUUCGAAACUAAUAAGGAACUAGGUAUAUGGCAUUAUAAGAUAAAACGUAGCUAUAAGUACUACAUGCAUGUUAAGUGUCUGGAAGUGCGCGAAUCAUAACACCAUGAUUAUUUCCACUUGACUGUUUAAAUUUGCGCACUUAAUUUAACUAGCUACAGAUUUAUAGCUAGAUUAUAUAGGUAGUGUAUGGCUCGUCAUACCACCACGUACCUGAAGGUAUGAAGCUACUGUUCUUGAUGUCAAUUUAUGCAAAAUAUUGAUACUAGGGUUUUGAGUCUUAGAAAUACACCUACAAUGGAAUUGCACUUUCCUCUUUUUUUGUCUGAGAUCAUUUACUUAUCGACAAUCUUAAGUUAACUUCGAACUAUGCCAUAAUAGAUACCUUAGUUAUUAUAAUUAAAAUUAACUACCUUCCAAUAAAUACUUAUCGGAGAUAAUUUCAAGCUUUACCAUGAUCAGGUAUUCCUGUAGAAUGACAUAGUUCUAAGUUCGCAACAUAAUUAAGCUUUCGUUGUGUGAAUGGAGAGCUUUUAUUUAAAUAAAUAGUUUUUUCACUUGUUGUUUAUUCUACCAUUGUAUUCCCACACUAGCUGUUGCUCGCGGCUCCACCCGCGUGAAGCUCGCUUUUGAAAUAAUCUGUGGAAGCUACAUUUAACCAGUAUUUAAUAGACUUAUAGUAAAUUCUAAAGUAUCUUAUGUGCAAAUGAAUCAAACUGAAAAUGUAAACGACCGAUUACCUAACCAACCUUUAGAACUACAUUACAACAAUUUUUAAAUUAUUAGAAUCAAUUUUUAGUAACAAGUAUUGAUUUAAUCAAUAUAAUUAGACUUCUGUGAAAACACUCCUAAUUAAUCACCACUUGAUUCAGUAUUCGGAUUUAUAUCUGGAAUAUUAAUUUAGGUAUGUAAGUAAUUGUUAGGUAAGUAUUAGAUAAGCAUUGAAGAAAAUAUAUAGUGCCAGUAAACAUAUAGGUGCUAUAUUAUUGACCGCAUAAGCAUAAGCUUAAACCCUACUGUGUUAUUUAUUGUAUUUUGUAUUAUAUGAACUUUAGUUGUUAUGAAAAAUAUUGUGAAUGCCAUAAUGGGGGUUCUAUCCUCACACAAAUAUAUAUUUUUCUAACUAAUUUUGAUUUUAAAUUUGAUUAUUUUACGACCGGCUUAAACUUUUGUUCAACUUCUACUAGAUAAAAUUUUGGAAACUUUACCCUAAGUAAGUAAUCAUUUUUAUUAUUGCCUUUUUAAAAGGCAAUAAUAAAAAUGAUUUAAUUUGAUUAUAAUUUGAUAGUCCGCCACGCACAUUCUGUACCUAAUAACAAAAAAGGAUGGUAUUUUCAUAUCUCUAUUUUUCCUACUGUUGCUUUAUCAUAUCGAUGAGAGAUAUGAUCACCGUGACCCGAAAAUAAAAGAUUAACCUAUCGGCUGCUUCAUAUUUAUAUUUCAAUCACUUGGGGUCUGAUUAAUAUAAACUCCUUAUCAGAUAUCAUAUCAGUCACAAUAUGCAGAGGACGAUUAACAUAGAAACGGUAAGUAAAUGAUUUUUUUGUUCAAUAUAACAGCACAUUAAAAUAUGGCGCACUUAUCCCUUAUUGGGAUCUCUUCCAGCAGGAUCACUUCAAUCAACGGUGAUUACUUCAGAUAAGGAGGGUAAACAACAGGGAUAUGUUUUACUCACUGUAAUUGAAUCUACUGUUUUUGCCUAGCGCUUCUCUUCCGCGAGAAUUAUUAAAAAUCUUUAUUUCUUACUUAAUGCUACUAUGGAACCUAAAAAAUUAAAAGAAAUCUCUUUUACCUAUCCCAACCUCAAUCCAAUAUUUUUUCCACCCUUUACGAUAUCUUUUUGAUUACAUCGUACGUAACUACUACAUGUUACUAAAAUUCCAAAAUUUUGUAAUGAAGUAUUAGUUACUUAAAUGUACUUAUAUAUACUUAAUUCUUUUUUAUCCCAAAAUAUAGGAUAAUAACACUGAUGGUGCAAUUACUUUCAAUAUCACUUCUACCACUGACUAA